UACCGGAAGUGACGCAUACUUCUCGCGAGAAGAGAGACGCGCGAGCCUCGGCGGCCCGGAACCGGCCUCGGAACAGCGGCGGAACCUGAGGUCGCUUGCCCUCCCGCCCCAUGGAGCGGCCCCCAGGGCUGCGGCCGGGUGCGGGCGGGCCCUGGGAGAUGCGCGAGCGGCUGGGCACCGGCGGCUUCGGGAAUGUCUGCCUGUACCAGCAUCGGGAACUUGAUGUCAAAAUAGCAAUUAAGUCAUGUCGUGUAGAACUAAGUACCAAAAACAGAGAACGGUGGUGCCAUGAAAUCCAGAUCAUGAAGAAGUUGAACCAUGCCAACGUUGUAAAGGCCUGUGAUGUACCUGAGGAGUUGAAUUUUUUAAUUAAUGAUGUUCCUCUUCUAGCAAUGGAAUACUGUUCUGGCGGAGAUCUCCGGAAGCUACUCAACAAACCAGAAAAUUGCUGUGGGCUUAAAGAAAGCCAGAUACUUUCUUUACUGAGUGAUAUAGGGUCUGGGAUCCGAUAUUUGCAUGAAAACAAAAUCAUACAUCGUGAUCUAAAACCUGAAAACAUAGUUCUUCAGGAUGUUGGUGGAAAGAUUAUGCAUAAAAUAAUUGAUCUGGGAUAUGCCAAAGAUGUUGAUCAAGGAAGUCUGUGUACGUCUUUUGUGGGAACACUGCAAUAUCUGGCCCCAGAGCUCUUUGAGAACAAGCCUUAUACAGCUACUGUUGAUUACUGGAGCUUUGGGACCAUGGUGUUUGAAUGUAUUGCUGGAUAUAGGCCCUUUUUGCAUCAUCUGCAGCCAUUUACCUGGCAUGAGAAGAUUAAGAAGAAGGAUCCAAAGUGUAUAUUUGCAUGUGAAGAGAUGACAGGAGAAGUUCGGUUUAGUAGCCAUUUACCUCAACCAAAUAGCCUUUGUAGUUUAAUAGUAGAGCCCAUGGAAAACUGGCUUCAGUUGAUGCUGAAUUGGGAUCCUCAGCAAAGAGGAGGACCUGUUGAUCUCACUUUGAAGCAGCCAAGAUGUUUUCUAUUAAUGGAUCACAUUCUGAAUUUGAAGAUAGUACACAUCCUAAAUAUGACUUCUGCAAAGAUAAUUUCUUUUCUGUUACCACCUGAUGAAAGUCUUCACUCACUGCAGUCUCGUAUUGAGCGCGAAACUGGAAUAAGUACUGGUUCUCAAGAGCUUCUUUCGGAGACGGGAAUUUCUCUGGAUCCUCGGAAACCAGCCUCUCAGUGUGUUCUAGAUGGAGUUAGAGGCUGUGAUAGCUAUAUGGUAUAUUUGUUUGAUAAAAGUAAGACUGUAUAUGAAGGACCAUUUGCUUCCAGAAGUUUAUCUGACUGUGUAAAUUACAUUGUACGGGACAGCAAAAUACAACUUCCAAUUAUACAGCUACGUAAAGUAUGGGCUGAAGCAGUGCAUUAUGUGUCUGGACUAAAAGAAGACUACAGCAGGCUCUUUCAGGGACAAAGAGCAGCAAUGUUAAGUCUUCUUAGAUAUAAUGCAAAUCUGACAAAAAUGAAGAACACUUUGAUCUCAGCAUCUCAGCAACUGAAAGCCAAAUUGGAGUUUUUCCACAAAAGCAUUCAACUUGACUUGGAAAGAUACAGUGAGCAGAUGACUUACGGGAUAUCCUCAGAAAAAAUGUUAAAAGCAUGGAAGGAAAUGGAAGAAAAGGCUAUCCACUAUGCUGAGGUGGGUGUCAUUGGUUACCUGGAGGAUCAGAUCAUGUCCCUGCAUACUGAAAUCAUGGAGCUACAGAAGAGCCCUUAUGGAAGACGUCAGGGAGACUUGAUGGAAUCUCUGGAACAGCGUGCCAUUGAUCUGUAUAAGCAGUUAAAGCACAGACCUUCAGAUCACUCCUACAGCGACAGCACAGAAAUGGUGAAGAUCAUUGUACAUACUGUUCAGAGUCAGGACCGGGUUCUCAAGGAGCUGUUUGGUCAUCUGAGCAAGUUAUUGGGCUGUAAGCAGAAGAUUAUUGAUCUACUGCCCAAGGUGGAAAUGGCCCUCAGUAACAUCAAAGAAGCUGACAAUACUGUCAUGUUUAUGCAGGGAAAGAGGCAGAAAGAAAUAUGGCAUCUCCUUAAAAUUGCCUGUACACAGAGUUCUGCCCGGUCCCUUGUAGGAUCCAGUCUAGAAGGUGCAAUAACCCCUCAGGCAUCAGCAUGGCUUCCCCCAACUUCAGCAGAACGUGAACAUCCCCUGUCAUGCGUGGUAACUCCUCAAGAUGGGGAGACUGUAGCACAAAUGAUAGAAGAAAAUUUGAACUGUCUUGGCCAUUUAAGCACUAUUAUUCAUGAAGCAAAUGAGGAACAGGGCAGUAGUAUGAUGAAUCUUGAUUGGAGUUGGUUAACAGAAUGACUUGCUACUUAUUCACUGUCCCCAAACCUAUGGAAGUUGUCGCAGCACGUGUUGGAAAUUUGUUUUUCUCCCAUGAAAUCAUUCUUCAGACACCAGCAAAUUGAAGAAAUGACUAUGAUCAGAAAAUAUGCAUGAUUUUACAAGGACAGUAUUUUCACUUUGGGUAAUUUUAAUCUCUGAAGAGACAGAAUCUUAAACGUUAGUGGACUUGUUUAAAUACGAUAGCUAUUUAAGCACAGCAAUCCAUUUGUUUUCAAACUUGAUAAAACGUUUAACUGACUAAAAACAUCUUUUGUCAUUUAACUUUUGGGCAUAAGGCCAAAAGUGUGUGUGUGUGUGUGUGUGUGUGUGUGUGUGUGUGUGUGUGUAUACACAUAAAUAUAUAUGACUAACAUGCAUUCAAGGUAAAAGUUGUUUGCCUUUGUUUCUUGUGGAAGAGACUGCUCACAAGUAAAACUGUACUUCAUGAAGAUUAAACUCUACCUCCUUGUGUUGCAUUCAAAAAAUGCUCUUCCUGGCAUCAUAAGGAGUUAACUUAAUAGUUUCAUUUUUACUGCACAUUUGACAGUAUCCUUUUUUUCUUUUUUUUUAAUGUUUAUUUUUGAGAGAGACACAGAGCAUGAGCAGGGGAUGGGGCAGAGAGAGAGGGAAACACAGAAUCUGAAGCAGGUUCCAGGCUCUGAGCUGUCAGCACAGAGCCCUUUGCAGGGCUUGAACUCACAAACCAUGAGAUCAUGGCCUGAGCUGAUGUCGGAUGCCUAACUGACUGAGCCACCCAGGGACCCCAGCAUCUGUGUCUUUAAUACCAGUUGAUUCAAAUAAAUCUUGUUAAAUGUGCUAUGUGUAUAUGUAUUUAAGAUGUACAUUUAAUAAUAUCAAGAAAAUGCCGUUAAUUUAUAAUAUGUUUGAAAACUGUUGUUUUUUCAUUUGUAAAAAGUGGGUCAUUUGUUUAAUGAAUUUUUCAUGUUCUACAAAUGUAUAAAGAUCUACACUCUCUUAUCUGUAAUUCCAAAUAUAAAGCUUUGAAAACAUUUUUCAUAAGCUUGGUAACAAAACUCAUUUGCUUGCAAAUCUAACCUGAACUGAUAUUGAAUCUGCUUAUCCCAUUUAGUGUGAAUAUUCAUUUAUUUUGCUGUGGAAAUAGUAACAUGUUUGAUUAUUGGGGGCGGGGGAGCGCUGCCACAGACCCUGCUGGGUGUUUAUGGAGGAUGGUGUAUGCACUGAAUUACUUUUCUAAAAUCUGAAAAUUUUUUAAUUCUGAAACAUUGGGCCCUAAGGGUUUCAGAUAAAGGAUUGUCCAUCUAUCAUCUAUUAAAUAAAUUAGAAGGUCUUUUGUGUUUUUUAAAAAAUGUGAAAUGCUUUUAUAUUCUAGACAGUUUUCCACUUUGUGUAUUAAAUGAUUUUUAAAUUA